AUGGCUGUUGGGCAGCUGCCCCACGGGAUCAUUAUUCAACGAGUGCCGCCACGCAUUUGGUUCCCCCUGAUGGUUGUCAUUUGGGCUGGCUUGACAAUGGCCAGUGCAGCAGUGAAGACCGUAACGCAGCUAUGCGUUAUCAGAUUUUUCUUAGGAAUAACCGAGGGCAGCACCUACCCAGGGACAAUGUACAUCAUUGGAGCGUGGUAUAAAUCUGAUGAGAUUGCGAAGCGCACUGCACUCUUCACAGCAUCUGGUCAAGUGGGUACAAUGUUUGCCGGCAUCAUGAUGGCUGCCAUUCAUAAAACCAUGGCUGGCAUGGCCAACGUCGCAGGCUGGCAAUGGGUUUUCCUCAUCGAUGGCAUCAUCACCCUGCCGAUUGCGAUCUUUGGUUUCCUCUACUUUCCCGACAUUCCCGAUAGUACCAAGGCAAAAUAUCUCACUACAGAUGAGAAGCGGCUUGCUGUCACAAGACUUCCUCGUGUCAAAAAGGACGGUCAUAACAUCAUGCCGUUGUCGCUGUUCAAGCGCGUCUUUUUAACCAAAACCUUUUGGAUAUUGUUUUUCUGGUCACCCGUCUGUGCAACCAUUGAGGCGUUUCCCUUGCAGAAUAACUUCCUGCUCUGGCUUAAGCACUACAAGAACCAUUUCACCCAAACCCAGAUCAACACCUAUCCUCUCGGGGUUCAAGCUGUAGGCAUCGUGGCUAAUAUGGUCGCAGCUUGGCAUAUGGACGUUACUGGCAAGCGAGUCCCAAUGGCGAUCUUGGCCUGCCUUCUAUCAAUCGUCGUUGGUAGCAUGCUUCUCGUACCGAGCUUGUCUUUCACGGGUACCUUCUUUGCUUUUUAUCUCGCUGGCACCGCAUAUAUGGUCAACCCACUCAUUUUUGGCUGGGCAAAUGUCAUCUUGCAGCGGAGCGGGGAUGAUGCUGUGCGCAGUGUGACCCUUUUCGCAAUGAACAUUGGCUCCAUGGUGCUGUGGACUUUUUGGGGUAUUUUAUUUUACUCUGCCAAUGACACUCCGUAUUGGAAAAAGGGCUCCAUAGUACUGAUUGUCUGUUCUGUCGUUAUGUUUGGCUAUAUUUGGCUCGUCUAUAAGCUCGACAAACACUCGGCCAGGAGACAGGUUGACCACGAACUUGAAGAAGACAAUGUAUCAUCAAACCGUGAGUCUGCGCGAGGCGGACUUGAAAGCUGA